GGAGUUGGACUAUUUGACCUACAAGGUCCUUUCCAAUUCUGUUAUUCUGUUACUGUACAUUUAUGUGUAACUAAAACCGUACUGCUGCGCGUUGCGUGAUUUAUUUCUUUAAAAGUCCGGAGAAAUAAAGGAUAAUAGCAUUACAUAACAAUCCACCGAAACCGAACUUCUUUACUGUAAAACUUUUUUUCCCCUCCCGGAUAGACGUGUCCAAAUUGAGAUCCCAUCUAGGAUUUCCAGGGUAAUGGACCUGGGAAAAAGGUUCCCUGUGCUCUGUUUUCUGGAUAGGAACUUAAAGCACGGAACUUUGUUUCCUUUGUUUGGGGGAUGGCUUAAGUUCCUGCACAAAACGGAAGUACGUGAUCGCUGAGAAAAGGACAGAGAGUAUGAAAAAGUUAAAACUUAAAGAACUUGAGAGUUCUUUGCAACAAGUUGAUGUCUUUGAGAAUCCAAAACUCCUGCUUGAACAAUAUCCGACUCAGCCACAUAUUGCAGCAUGUAUGCUUUAUACAAUUCAUAAUACAUUUGAUGAUAUUGAAAACAAGAUUGUGGCAGAUCUUGGAUGUGGUUGUGGCAUACUGAGCAUUGGAAGUGCCAUGUUGGGAGCAGGGUUAUGUAUAGGAUUUGAUAUAGAUGCCAAUGCACUGGAAGUCUUUAACAGGAAUGCUGAAGAAUUUGACCUUACAAAUGUUGACAUGGUUCAGUGCAAUGUAUGUUCUUUGCCUGACAAAAUGUCUAAAACAUUUGAUACAGUUAUUAUGAAUCCUCCUUUUGGAACUAAGCACAAUAAAGGUAUGGAUAUGGCUUUUCUCAAGACAGCUGCGCAAAUGGCAAGAAUAGCUGUGUAUUCCUUACACAAAACAUCAACUCGACAACAUAUUCAGAAAAAAGCAGAUGAAUGGAAUAUAGGAAUGGAAGUUGUAGCAGAACUGAGAUAUGACCUACCAGCAUCAUAUAAAUUCCACAAGAAAAAAUCAGUAGACAUCAAAGUCGAUUUUAUCAGAUUCUCUUGUGGGGGGAAAAAGAUGGAUGGAGGAAUGACUUAAAACUGUAUUAAAAUAAUAAAAAUUGCAUUAAAUGGUUUUUGAAGUAUUACAA